GUUGGAGGCUCCGCCUUAUUUUACCUUACAUGGCUUUUGUAGGGAGGAGUGAUUGACAGCGGCCAGCAGCUGCUCAGACAUGGCGGAGCUUGCAGUUUUGUGGGAGAGCUCUUAGAGUUACAUUACUUUCACAUAGUUCUGUCAGCAAAAUCAAAACAAAAAAAGAAUAGAAAAAAGAAGGAAAAGGCGGAUCGAUCUGCUUUUCAAGAAAAAAGCUUUGAAAAGGGCAGAAAUGUAGGACUUUCGUGAAAAAAAUGCACUGCUGUUUCUUAGUGCAGUCAACAGCCUUAGGCAACAAAAAAAUAUGGCUACUUGUGUCUUUCAAUUUGUGAUGAAAAGCUCCUCAACUCAGCCAUUCGUUGCAAUGGCUGCUGUGCUGAUUUCCUAAAAGUGACCACCCAGAAGUUGUACAUUCUUAUUUUGGCGGAUUUGAAGAAAUUAGCCGUGGAAAAAGGUACAGAAAGAAUCGAACUGAAAUGGAACCUAAGCACAAAGAGUUGUUAGAUCAGUACCACCAGAACUUGUUGGAGUCCAUUACAGAUGCAAACGAGGUGAUAGAGUUGCUUGGCAAAGCUGGUACCCUGAGCCAGCUGGAGAGGUACGAAUUGGACAAUAACUGUUCGUCCAGCUCUGAGAAGACCGACCUUCUUCUGAAGAUGCUCAUGAAUAAGGAGAGGGACCAUUUCCCAGAUCUGUGUGUGGCCCUGGAAAAGACCCACCCUCACCUGUAUUCUGCACUCUUUGUGAACGGCGUGGGACCUGUGGAGAAUUCUUCAGGAUCGACCUACAGUGUACUGUCUACAAUGCCUUCCGACUCGGAAAGUAGUGGCUCUCUCAGCAGCAUUGGUACGACUGGCAAGCCCUCCUCCCCUCCUCCUGUGCUGAUAGAUAACAGGCAGAUGAGUGAGAAGUUGGAGACCAUCCUGUUCCAGUUGAGACAGGUCACUCGGGAAAGGGACGAACUGCGCAAAAGACUUGCACUUUCUUCCCCUGGCACCACCUUUGAUGACUGUAGGCCCAAUGCCAAACCAAGUCAUGACUAUGAACGUCUCAAGAUACAGUGUAUGAAGGCCAUGGCAGACCUGCAGUCUCUGCAGAACCAGCACACCAAGACACUAAAGAGAUGUGAGGAGGCAGUCAAAGAGGCAGAUUUCUACCACAUGUUGCACAGCCGCCUUUUAAGUGACCAGUCCCAACUGAAGGAGGAGAUGGAUUCCAUGAAGAAAGAGAGUUCCCAGUUAGUACGGGAACACAACCACCUCAAACAGAGCUGUGAGGAGCUCAAGAGACUGCACGAUGUGGACCAGAAGGAGGUCACUGACCUGAGGAUACAGCAACAACAGAUGUUGAGGGAGAAUGGGUCAUCGGAGAUCCUUAACAAGCUGUACGACACUGCCAUGGACAAGCUGGAGGGUGUAAAGAAAGACUACGAUGCACUAAGAAAACGGUACAACGACAAGAUCGCCAACCACAACACAGAUCUAAGUCGGCUGGAGCAGGCUGAGGAGGACAAUCGACAGCUUCAGAAACAGCUUGACAUUAUAAUGAAACAGAGAGACACGGCUAUGCACUACCAACAGCAGUAUUCUUCUUCCCUAAGGAGGUACCAGAACUGUAAAAUAAACACUGAAUUAUUUGACUCGAUUCAGCAAGAGUUAACCAAGACCACAGCACAGAAUAAGGAAUUGCAAAGGGAAAUGGAGCGGUUACAGUCCGAGGCGACGCGGUACAAAACUCUUCAGCUGAAAGCAGUGAAGGAUUCUGAGAAAUACAAAGAAGAGCGGGACUCUGUGUUUAAUGAAUACCGCCUCAUUAUGAGUGAGAGAGACCAGGUCAUCAAAGAGGUGGACAAGCUACAAACUGAGCUAGAGGCAGCCGAAGCAAAACUUAAGAACACCUCCUGUGAAAGAAAAGUAGCCAGCGAGGAAAUGGAAGCACUUCGACAGGAGCUGAAUUCGGCAUUAGUGGAGCGAGAUUGUGCAAUUUGUGAGAGGAACGAGUUACUAGAAAAAUACUGCCAUGAAGUAAAAGACAAGACAGAGGCCCAAAAGGAUCUUGACCAGGCCUGUAAAGACAUUGAAACUGUGAAAGAAGAGCGAGACGUGGCCAGGAAAGAGAGGACAGAAGCCAUCACCCAGAGGGACCAGCUGCUGAGGGAGUAUUACCAAGCCAGACAAAAGCAAGAUUCUGCCACAAUGGAUAUGGAAAGAGCGAAUAAAGAAAUUGAAAUGCUCAGGAAGCAGUAUGAGGCCAUGGCCCAGGAAAUGAAGGAGGCUGUGCAGGAGGCAGAAGUGGCCAAGUGCCGGAGAGACUGGGCCUUCCAAGAACGGGACAAGAUUGUGGCAGAAAGAGAAAGCAUAAGAUCCCUGUGUGAUAACCUGAGAAGGGAAAGAGACAGAGCGGUGAGUGACUUGGCAGAAGCUCUUCGUAAUCUCGAUGAUAUGAGGAAACAGAAAAACGAUUCUGUGCGGGAGCUCAAAGAAUUAAAAGAGAAGAUGGAGAACCAGUUAGAAAAAGAGGCUUGUUUUCGACAGUUGAUGGCUCACAACUCGCACGAUUCAGCUAUCGAUACAGAUUCAUUGGAGUGGGAGACUGAAGUGGUAGAAUUUGAAAAAGAUAGGGAAGAUAUGGAUUUGAAAGCACUUGGGUUUGAUGUGGCUGAGGGGAUGAAUGAGCCCUAUGUGCCGGGGGACUCUGGAAUAUUUGUCACCAAGGUAGAUAAAGGAAGUAUUGCAGAUGGAAGACUAAGAGUGAACGACUGGCUGUUGAAGAUAAAUGACGUGGACCUUGCUAACAAAGACAGGAAACAGGUUAUCAAAGCAGUGCUUAAUGGAGGAGGAAUAAUCAAUAUGGUUGUCCGCAGAAGAAAGUCUUUAGGUGGAAGAAUUGUAACACCUGUACACAUUAACCUUGUGGGACGCAAAGAUAGUGGAGUCAGCCUGGAGAGUGGCGUUUUUGUGGCUGCUAUUGUACCUGGCAGUCCAGCUGCUAGGGAGGGAUCUCUUUCUGUGGGGGACAGACUCAUUGCUAUUAAUGGAAUUGCACUAGAUAACAAAACACUGACUGAAUGUGAAGCUUUGCUGCAGAACUGCAGGGAUUCUCUAAGUCUCUCGCUGAUGAAGUUUUUCCCACAGAGUUCUUCUGGGCAGAACAUAUUUGAAAACCUGAGAGACUUCGAGAAAACAUCUAACUGUAGGGUUCACUCCUCUGAGGUACACGUGAGGAAUAGCAGAAACUUGAAACACAACAGCUCGACCCAGACAGACAUUUUCAACCCAGACACUGUGGAUGGGAAAGAAGAUCGGAGUGAUUCUGAAGAAACUUCAUUUUGCGAUCACAAGCCGUUUUCCACUGGCUCUCUGCAUACAAACUCUCAUAGGUCUAUACAGUACGCCUGCCACGGGAAUGCAGAGCACAGUCCGGGCUCCUUCAGUGCAAAUAUGUUCUCGGACCAUGGCUAUGGGAUUGUGGAAGCUGAAAAAAGACGAUUCACCUUUGACCCCACAGUUGCUGACUGCAUCAUGAUUGAAACUACCCUUGAAAAAGGCCCUAAGCACAGCGGUGGCACAUGGCCAAAAAUGAUGGUUGAUGUUUCAUCAGAAACUGCACAGCUAUCUAUAUUUAAGAUACCAAAACAGAGGAAAUCAAUUUUUGAUACAGAUACAUUUAAAAGGCCAGAGACCCCCUCAAAAAUCGACUAUUUAUCUCCUGGGCAGUUACCAGCACAUUCACCCCAGGCUUCAAAGGUAUCGAUAACACCAACUCCUCCAACACCACCGACAAGGAGUGAUUCCUUCAAGUUUAAACACAAACCGCAGACCAGCUCUGCCUCUGACUCCACAAUAACUACGGGGUCACCUCCGACAAGCCCGGCCCAGUCCCCUGUCACAAUGGGAACUAAACAAGAGCUUGCCCAUGAGGGCCGUGACAGGAAUGGCAACCAUUACAUCCUCGAGGGAAGUAUGGACUGCAAUAUUAUCUCUUCAAGGAAAUCCUGUGAUGAGGAUGUUGGUCAUCAGAGAGUUGAGGAGCCAGAGGUCAAGAGACCCAGACCAAAAUCAGCCCCAGCUUUGAGGCAUAAGCUGACUCCUUUGCCAGUGCUUGUACCGGCACUUCAAGUGCAGAAUUAUGCCAAAGAAGAACAGCCUCCAGAACCCUACGAGUGGGUGCGCUACUCUCCAAAACGCUCUCACAGGCACAGCAUGGGCUUUGUUCCGACAGUGUACAGUGGGGCAGUGUCAGCAAACACUGCAUCCCGAAGUUUGGCACCUUGCCCAGCAGUAACUGCUGUCAUGAGAAAUCCAAUUUACACUGCCUGGAGUCACCGAGUUCACAGUAAUAACUGCCCUGUAGCCAGCCAAAUCUGCCAUCAGCAUUCUCACCCCAGUCCACAACAUCAAGGUCGACUAAGCUUGGACCUUAGUCAGAAACGCUCCAGUGAUUUUUCUGAAGCAUCGAGAAGCAGAUCACAUGGAACAAAUUCCCUGCCUUCCAGUGCUCGACUAGGUUCAUCUAACACUUUGCAAUAUAGAACAGAGCGGAUUAAAAUCCCGUCAACACCUCGAUACCCAAGGUCAAUGCUUGGAUCUGACAGAGGGUCUCUCUCACAUUCAGAAUGCAGCAGCCCCAGUCUGAUAACUCCUCCACAGUCCCCACUGAACCUGGAAACCUCAUCAUUUGCCAGCAGCCAAUCACAAAGCUCGAUUUCUACUUUACCAAAUAUAUCUAUUAGUCCUGUGCCAAUGGGAGAGCACAGGAAGGAUAGAUCUCUGUUCCGUAAUAGAUCCUUUCUGAGAAUCCCUGUGGCUCCUAGGCCUAGGUUCUCAUCACUAAGGAGUUUGAGACCUUACUUGGAAGAACCACGUAAUGUGAUUGUACACAAAGGGGCAGAACCUUUGGGAAUUUCCAUUGUGGGAGGGGAGAAUGGUGGCAUCUUUGUAUCCAAGGUAACCAGUGGAAGCAUUGCUCACCAGGCUGGCCUUGAAUAUGGGGACCAGUUGCUGGAGUAUAAUGGCAUUAACCUGAGGAGUGCCACAGAGCAGCAAGCCCGGUUGAUCAUUGGGCAGCAGUGUGAUACCAUCACUAUCUUGGCUCAGUACAACCCACACAUGUAUCAGCUGGGCAACCACUCACGAUCAAGUUCUCGCCUGGAGCCAAUCAGCAAUCAUUCUACUCCCCAUGGCAGUGGAGCAGCAACCCCAGACAAUCAUUCCAUUAUUGAUACAGUGAGUGAGCAGGAUGAAGGGACAAUGACCCCUCCUUCUAAACAAACCACCCCAACUACCAGCCCUCGCAACUCCAUCAGAAUGUCCAUGGAUGCAACAAAAAAGUUUCCGGAACCACGAACUGUCGUCAUUAGAAAAACCCAAGUGGAGCUUGGAAUCCAGAUCUGUGGUGGAAACUUGUACGGCAUUUUUGUGGAAAAGCUGGAAGAUGAUAGUCCGGCAAAAUGUCCUGGUGGGCUCAUGCCAGGAGACAUGCUGCUGGAGUAUGGUUCAGUCUACAUGAAAAAUAAAACGGCUGAAGAGGCUUACCUUGAAAUGAUGAAACCAGCGGAAUCAAUCACAAUGAAAGUUAAGUACAGGAUUGAUGAGUUCAUGAGGAUCAAAGAUACCCCUGGAGAUGGAUUCUUCAUCAGAGCACUUUAUGAUAGAGUGGCGGAGGUGGAACAAGAUUUAGGUUUCAAGAAGGAUGACAUUCUAUAUGUUGAUGACACUCUUCCCAAGGGGAAUUUUGGCUUUUGGAUGGCCUGGCAGCUGGACGAAAAUGCACAAAAACUUGAAAGAGGGCAAGUUCCCAGUAAAUACAUGAUGGACCAGGAGCUCUACAGGAGACAUAGCAUGUCAGAAAUGAAAGAUGAAAAUGGCUCCAGUAAGACAUUAUCAGCAGCUGCUCGAAGAUCAUUUUUUCGAAGAAAACAAAAACACAAGCGCAGUGGUUCCAAAGAUGGAAAGGAUUUAUUAGCUCUUGAUGCCAUAAGCACAGAUUCAAUUCCAUUCUUGGAGGAUUGUGUGAGUCUGGCCUAUCAGAGGGUACAGAAAGUUGAGUGUACAUCCCUAAGACCUGUGCUUAUUCUGGGACCUUUGUUGGAUGCUGUAAAGGACAUGUUGGUUAAAGAUUCCCCAGGAAAAUUUUGUCGAUGCCCACUUGAAGUUAUGAAAGCUUCUCAACAAGCAAUAGAACGGGGUGUUAAAGAUUGCCUGUUCAUUGACUACAAGAGGAGGAGUGGCCAUUUUGAUGUGACAACUGUAGCUUCUAUUAAGGAAAUAACUGAGAAGGAUUGUCACUGUUUGCUUGACAUUGCACCUCACACCAUUGAACGGCUUCACAGCGUUCACAUUUACCCAAUCGUCAUUUUCAUUCGGUACAAAAAUGCAAAGCAAAUAAAGGAACAAAAGGAUCCAAUAUUUCUGAGGGAUAAAGUCUCUCAAAAACAUUCCAAGGAACAGUUUGAGGUUGCACUGAAGACAGAACAAGAGUACAGCAAAUUCUUUACAGGUAUCGUCCAGGGAGGCAGCUUGUCCUACAUUUGCACUCAGAUCAAGACUAUCGUCGAUCAAGAACAAAACAAAGUCCUGUGGAUUCCAAUUGGGUCUUUCUAGAACUUUGAAGUCAUUGAAGUGUGCAAUGUUGCAAAGGAGAAUGACAUCUACAUUAUUAUACAAAAUUGAUGAACAAAUAAAAAAAAACACUAAAUGAAGGGGUACGAUACACUGAAAGAUGUAUGUCAAUUACAAACCAUUCACUUCUGUAUGCAUCCUAAUAAAAAUGAACUGACAGUGAAACUUCACCUUGGGAAUAGGAUUGGUACAGCACUGAAUUAUUAUUAUUAUUAUUUUUUCAUUUCUAAGGACAUUUGAAAUUUGCGAUGCUGCAGGAAAAGGACACACGUUUACAUUUUUUUCUGAGUAUUCAGUUAUUUCAUGUUUACUUGAAUGUUUUGUAUUUUUUAUUUUUUUUAUUCCCUAACCCCUACCCUCAUCUUCUGACUAAGACAGCCCUCCUGAAGUUGAAAAAUGUUAUUUUAAGCAUGACAACAGGGUGGCUAGAUUCAUUUUGAGUACCUUUGAAAAUUGAGUGCACUCCUGUACAGGGCAGACCACUGUGCUUUAUAAACUUGUCUGUCAAAUGUUUUCCCUUAUGGAUCUAAUAUUGAAACUUCAUUAAUAUAUCAGAUCUUAAUGUAUAAUAAGUAAUACACUAAUAACUAGGUUAUUGGGCCCAGUAGUGUGUAUCUGUAGUAGUGAGCUCUUAGCUGGGCCUAGCAUGCUGUUUUGUCACUUAAAAAUGUAUCUAUUUAAAACUCAUCCCAGAGCAAUUUUGCAGGGUAAAUCUUGAGCUUUUUUUUUGUUUACUCUAUAUGGUGUCUUUUUUUUUAAUUUUUUUUUUUAAAUAAAUGCAAGCACGAUGCACGGUAAUUGUUGUGUGGCCACUGCUAAUAAAUGGUCAUUCAUUCAGUCUUCAAUGCAAUGCUUUUUAUAUAUAGGUGCCUAUAGAGAUCUACAGAUAUAUAUUGUGCCAAACUCCAGUAUGUCAUAUUUGUUUUGCACUUGUAAAUCUGUGUGCCUUUUACACAGAGUUGCAUUUAGUUCUACAGUCAUUUUUUUGUGUCAUAUAUUAGGUACUAUAGUUAUACUGUACAAGCAAGUGUAAAUUUAGCUGUGUCAUAGUGAUCACUCCUAACAUUUCAUUCAUUGCCUGGCAUGUAAUUGCCUUUUAUUCUUGCCUUAAUUGAAGAAAGUAGAUUGCUGCUUCUUUGCAUUCUUCAAUAAAAAAGGGAUGUUUUCUUGCACAGUUUUUUCAAAGGAAAAUUGACUGUUGGGUUAAGAAUUUUGUAGUUUUUAAAAGUAAAUUUAAUAUUUAAAACAAAUAAAUUGCUGGGUUGUUGGCCUAUGAUUUUUCAUGUGAGGGACAACAUCAUUUUUAUAGGUGUGGUUGGAUUUUGACUAAGAUGAAACCGUUGAAACAGACAGGUACUGUUCUAAUUGGGAUUUUCUUUAUUAAAAAAAGAGAAUUAUGAUUUGUAUCAAAUGUUAAGUAAUUGAUUAAUAUGAGAAUAAAAGUCAAUUUUUUUCUGUACCACAAAA